AUGUCAACAGAACAAAUAAACAAAGAUAUUCUGUCACAAGAUACGAAUGAAACGGUAUCAGUAGUUCAAAAUGAAACGUGUCUGAUAGACAAUGAACAAAAUUCAAACGAUAUCGCUAAUGAUAAACAUGGUGAAGAAUCUUCAGUAACAACUAUUGAAGAACAGAUUAUUAUUCCAGAAACAUCUACAGUAUUAGACAAUGAUGACUCUCUUUCAGAUCAGCUACAUGAAUAUCAAACUGAAAUUGCUCGUUUAAACUCCAUUAUUCAAUCUCAAAUAAAUGAAAUUGAUCAAUUAAAUUCUAAACUUGUUCAUCAAGAUCAAACAUAUCAACAACUUAUUUCAAAACUCAAAGAUGAUAAUCUUAAAGAAAAACAAGCACAAGUUGUUAAAUAUGCACAGUCAGAAAAACGUACACUCGAUUUAGAUAAACGUUAUGAACAACUUAUUCAAAAACAAAAUGAAUUACAACGUGAUAAAGAUUCAUUUCAACAAAAAUUACAGGAAUCUAAAACAUUAAAUAUACGCAUUCAACAAGCCUAUGAUUUAAAAUUAUCUGAAAUAUCACAAAUGAAAAAAGAUCAAGAUAAAUUAAGAGAAUUAUCACAAUCUAUUGAUCAGACAUUAAAAUCAACAUUGGCACAUUUAAAACAAGAAACACAACAAUUAAAAGAACAAAAAGAUUUAAAUGAACGACUCAAACGAGAAUAUAUUGAACAGAAAGAAGUAAAUGAACAAUUACGAAAACAGUAUAAAGAAUUAGCAGAAUUACAACAAGAAGUUACUCAAAACAUAGUUCCAUCAUCCGGUGACGAUGUACUCGCAUCAAACAAUGAUCUAGUAGAUGAUGCAACAAAACAAAUAUUAGAUCGAUGUCGAAAUUUAGAAUUACAAGUGAAUGAAAAAGUUCAACAAUGUGAUCAAUUAACAUGUGAACAGAAUCAAUCAAAACUAAAACUGACAAAUUUAAUUGAGGAAAAUUCAUUAUUACGAUCAAAAAUGAAAUUAUUAGAAGAAGAUAAAUUAUCAUUAGAAAAUGUAUUGGAAAAAGAUCAUUUAAAUAUGAAAAAAGAAAAAGAAUCAAAUAAAAAAAUUUAUGAUGAUCUACUUAAAUUACGUGAACAAGAUUGUGAAGAAUUAGCUAAAUUAAAAUUGAUUGAACACGAUUAUAUAGAAUUAAAAGAUGAUUAUGAACAAUAUCGAAAUAAAAAAAGUGAACUAUUAGAAUUUACGCAAAAAUUAACUGAAUUAAAUUCUACUAUUCAAAGUGAUUAUGAGCAAUUGACUUUGAAGCAUCAAUCAAUUGAAAAACAAUAUGUAGAGAUCAGUCAAUUAUAUCGAGAACAACAGACAAAAAUGAUUGAAUUAGAAAAAGAAUUACAAACAGUUAAACAAAACUAUGACGAAUUAAACUUAAAAUAUACAGAAUUAUUUAAUAAAUAUGACGUUUGUACGAGACAAUAUGAAGAUGAAAAAAUAGAAAAUCAAACAUUAAAAAAAAAACAUCAGGCAAACGUCAAAGAUUUGAUUAAACAACUGCAGCAAUUACAGAAAAAAUCAAGUGAUACAACACCGUCACCAACCACAAAGUGUUCGAUGAAUAAGUAUUCGCUAGCAAAUGUUCUAGAAUCAAAUUCAUCAUCUGUUUCUGACGUGCAGUCUUUUCAUUCUAGCCCAAAACAAAGUCCACUUGUUCGUAAAGAAAAUGGUGAUGGUAGUUCAUCACGUGGUUCACGUACCAGUUCAUGUUGUUCAUUAAAUGAUCAACCACCACCCAUCACUACAAUUGUUCAAGAUCAUAUAGCAAUUGAACAAUCAAAUAAUGAUUGUGAUGAAAUGGUGGUAAAUAUUGUUGAUAUUGAUCGUCAAAAACUCAUUGAUAAACUACUUAAACAACAAAAAUUAUUAGUUAGACGUAAAGAAAAAAUUGAAUUUCUCAAUGAUCAUAUUCUCAUAUUAACUCAAGAUUUACAAAAUAAACGAAAAGUUAUUCAAGCUUAUGCAAUGAAUGAAGAUGUAUUUAUGUAUACAUCAGAUGCUGCUGAUCAUAUGAAGCAAGAAUUGACGUCCAAAAAAAAUAGUUCUAAUUCAAUAAUGGCUACAUUAUAUACACAUGCAACGAAUCCAUUUCAUUUAUUGAACGGUGGUGGACAUAAAACGUCAGAACAGUCUAAUAUGACAAUGGAAACAAGUUAUGAUAUUAUGAGUAAACUGCAAGCAGUUCUAGAAGAUACACUAUUAAAAAAUAUCACAUUAAAAGAGAGUGUAGAUACAUUAAGUAAAGAAAUUGAACGAUUAAAUAAACAAUAA